AUGAUGUGCAGUUUGGCGAUUCUUCUGACUGUAUCGAACUACGUAGCUCCACUACUGAAUAGUGUGGGAACCCAAACGGCGACUGACGAUUACACUACCUCAAAAGUCUUCGCCAUAGAUGCACAGAUGAAGAUUAUAAUGCAGCAGUCGGGCGACCCGGCGAGUUCGACCGUGAUUGUCAAAGGCCGGGCAAAAGCGUCACAGCCACGCAUGGCGAUUGCUUACCUCACAAGAAACACCAAAUCCGAUGCGCUAUAUCAGCGGGAUUCAAAUACAUUACUCGCCAAGAGCUUAGAUCUGGUAUUUGAGAAUGUAAUGCCGUACACUGCGGCGGAUGUGAUUAUCUUUCACGAGGGUGACUUCAGUAGUGAGGAUCAGAAGAAGGUGAUCAAGGGCCGCCCCCACAUCAAGUUCCACACCCUGAGCGCAGCCGAGUGGGGCCCACCCGCAUUCAUUGACGAGAAGGAACUGCCGUCCUGGCACGAGGGCAGCAAGUACGGCAUGGGCUAUCGCAAUAUGAUCCGCUUCUACGCCAAUCGGAUCUGGCCCUUGGUGAGUGUCAUGGGCUAUGAGUACGUCAUGCGCCUGGACGAGGAGAGCUUCAUCCACUCACCCAUCAAGUACGACCUGGCUGAGCGUAUGACCUCCGAGAGACUGGUCUACGGCUACCGGCAGGACCAGACAGAGUACCCCACCUAUGGCGCAUGGCACUACGAUAUCGAGCCCACAUUCCUGUACGACCACUGUACCCCCCGCAACAUUGCCGGGCUUAAGACUGGGCUACACGACCUGCACAGCUACUACAACAACUUCUUCAUCGCACGGGUCGACUUCUUCACCAGCACACAGGUUCAGCAGUUCCUCAACUACGCCGACAGGACGGGCGGCUACUACUACAGCCGAUGGGGCGACGCCAUAGUCCACACGGCUGCUGUGCAAAUCUUCCUGCACACAGCGGAGGUGCACAAGUUCACAGACUUCUCGUACGAACACGCGACGCUGAACAAGACUGACAACACUUUGACAUGGGGUGGCCUGGCUGUGGGUUCAGAGGAC